AUGCAAAAUAUAAAAAUAUCUUCAAAUCAUUCGUCUUCACUUUCGUCAUUGGCUUCAAAUCAUCAUAAGUCUACAUCUAAGAAUCGCAAAAGUCGAUUAAAAGUUCCUGCUCAGUCUGAGUAUGAAUAUGUUGGCCGAAUAGUAACACAUGAACGACCAAUGUUUCGAAAAUCAAAUUUAUUUUAUAAAAAUCAUAUUCCUUCUUCACAUAUAAUUAAAAAACAUCGUUCGAUAAAGCCUCAUUAUCAAGAAAUUUAUGAAGACGAUUUGACGUCAUCAGAUGAAGACAUAGAGGAUUUAUGUAGAUCACUGGGUAAAAUUAGAAUAAAUGAUCGACAUAUUCGAGAGAUCUAUAAAUUACCAACUCCACCACCUCAAGUAAAACGAGUUUUUCAUCGUCUUCGUUCACCUGAACCAAAAUUAAUCGAACGAAUAUAUGUUCGUCGACCAACACCAGAAAUUAUUGAAAAUAUUGUUGAAGUUCCGCCAGAAAAAGUUCGUAUUAUUAAUCGAAAAAAAUAUUUACGUCAAUCAAAACCAAUUACUCGAACAAAAUUAGUCCAUUUAAGACCACAUCAUCAUCAACAACAAAUUGAAGAACAACCACAAUCAUACAUUCCGUUUGAUCAAUGUCUUCAACAACCAACAGCAUUUACUUAUACUCUUCAACAAAAUCCACAUCCUGUGAGUUAUUAUGAACCAAUCAUUCCACUACACAGUACAUUCAAUCCUUCAAUAUUACAAUCGACUUCUUAUACUCAUCAAUUACCACAAAUUGUGCCAUUGGAUUUGCCUUAUGGAUAUUCUUAUUAUUAA